AUGGCGGCUGAAGAAGACGACGAAGAUAUUUGGGAUAGCUGGGAAGAUGUGGCAGAUUCUGGGGUAGGAUGUCAAUAGAUCGGGUGAAAAAAAUGGACUUGGACUAUUUGCACAUUGAUUUAUUAAGUCACAGCCCGUUUAUCGACAUCAGUCCCUUCAGUAUUCUUUAAUUUUGUUGAGAAGUUGGACGAUUCUUAAUUAGCCUUUAUGCUUGUAUCAUUCAGUUUAUCUGUUGUGACGUUAUGAUUGGAAAAGGUUUAUUUGAAUUAUGUCUGUUAGUGGGAUAUGACGGGAGCCCGCUGCUCUGAACUUGUGAAAUCCAGGAUAGUGAAAAGUGCUGAGAUUUCUUAGCAGCCCCACAAAAUUAAGGCUCCAUGGGCCAACGGGUACUGCUAGAUUAUUAUGAUAUUAUUGUAAUGAUUAUUUAAUUUACUUAUUAGGAAUUGGAGAGAAGGAUGGAGGAGAGGGAGAAGCAGGUCAGGGAGAAAGAUAAAAAAGCUUCGAGUGGAUCAUCUAAGUAAGAUAAAUCAGUUCAAAACUGUCUUGUUUGAAGAAAAAUAGAGAAUGGCACGCUGGGCCUCUUAAGUAAGGCUAAUCAACCUAAAAAUUAAAGAGUGCAAGAAAGAGCUUUGCACAUUUGGGCCAGGGGUAAUGGGCUGCAGGGUGGGUGAGGGUUGGACUAUUGGCUUGCUGUGAGCACCCCAAAUCAUGUUGAGAACUGUAAAUAUUUUAAAUGUCCUUCCCCUCUAUGUGCAACCAACACAGUUCCUAAGAGACCAAAAGUCAUUUUUUUGGCUUUGUGGAUGGUUCAGUUCAGAAAGGCUUAACAGUAUAAGCCAAAGAGCGCUAAUUUAAUUGUGUCUACAUCUUUAUUAUUGUACAGAUUAAAAGAAAACAAAACCAACUCUCCUGUUCUGAUGCAAGAGGAUACAAACAGAACGCAUUACAGACCACAGGUAAAUGUACUUAUGGAACAUGAGGGAAAACUUGAUCUGCUUUGUUCUACAUAAUCUUGUCAUCACAUUUGUCAGUGUGCAUCCUAAUCUUGGUGUUCCUGUGGUACAAAGCCACAAAUUUUUGAGUUAUCACAGACAACUGCCGAUUAGCCGCCCCUACUGGGAAAUUGGACUCUUUUCGACUCAAUUUCGCUUCAGUAGGUGACAAAUGCAGAUCCAUAAACAAUGAUUACGUCUACAAGUUUAAUAUUAGUUUGGGACAAAGUAUGUGGUCUUUGGAAUCAAAAUACUCAACAUCUUCUAUUUGUGAUUAUCAUUUAGGAAUGGCUUAGGUGUAAGAGGUUUAUUUUGGUAAACUAAAAAAAUGUUAUUCCUUCUGAUGUAUUAGUUGAACCAGAAAUAUGACUCCCAAUAUAGCUUUUUAUUCCAAAAGAAAUUCUGAUUCAAGCUACAUGUAUGUACUGUUACUUUUAGACUCACAUCUGGGCCUCUGAAUCAAAUAAUAAUAUUUUUUUAAGCUACAGUUAUGUAUUAUUAAAGAAGAAAUAAGUUCUUAUUUAAAAUUUUGCUUAACCAGCUAUCAAGGUUAGCAGUAUUAAUUUCCUAAAACCCAGUAUCAUCUCAGGGUCUGAUGUUUUAGUAUCUUUAAUGAUAACUAUUUUUAAUAUUCAGGGCUGUGCUCUAGCGGAGCCCAGUGGCACUUGGCGCCUAACUUUUGAUUUUGGGCGACUAGAAAAUCUUACAAAUCGUACAAAUCAUAUGCUGGGCACCCUUGCUUUUACAGGUUUAGAGCACUGGGCUCCCUUCCUUAGAGCACAGCCUUGAUAAUUAUUGUUAACAUAAACAUAUUGGUUCUAUGUGAGAUUUUACUUCCAGCUGUAUGUAGUUUCAGACCGUUUCAAGAUUUUAAUUUCAUUGUCAGUGAUUUUUUUUUUCUUGUAGCUAAGAAUUUUGAAGAGGCCAGAUUCUGGAGGAUCAAAUCUGUCUAAAUCUCAAGAAAUGAGUAAAGAAAAACCUGUCCAUAAAACACUGGCAGAAAGACAGGCACAAUAUGCUGAAGCAAGGUGAGAAAAAGUUUAUUAAACACACUCCAUCUAAUCCAGUGAUUACAACUGUACUUUCUAGUUUAAAGUUUAAAGAAGCCUUUCUGACUACAAAUGCAUGGGCAUUGAUCUAUUAGAAUACACUGUUGUGUUUUUCUGUUGCAGUUGGUGUACAUGUCUUUUGUAGUUGUUGUUGUUGUUGUUUUGCUGUUUUUUUGUAUGUCUGUUUGUUUGGUUGUUUUUAUAUAAAAAAUAUACACACUGUAUAUAAAUGUAAUAUUUUCUUUUCUCAUCAGCUCAGAUAAUUUGUUUCUCAUAAAAGCAAAUGUACAAUGUGCACAUGUGCAUGCAGAUCCAAGGCUGUGCUCUAAGAAAAAAUGGCAAUGCCCAGUGCCCUGAACCUGUGAAAUCCAGGGUGUCCAGCAUAGAAUGUCUAUAAAACAUCAAAAAAAUAAUGAUAAUGAUAAAUACAAUACACUUAACAAAGACAAUGAGAAUGAUGAUGAUGAUGAUGAUGAUGAUAAUCAGUGUUCCAGCCAGAGUGUGCCAUUGCGUGAAUCCCGCAAAAAAACGAGAGAUGGCCCCCACCAAAAGUGUUCAAGGGCCAUUUAUGGCCCUUUCGUUCUAUAAUUCCGUGGGCUUAAAAGUGUCUCUGUUACCUCAACUACAAUAAUUUUCCAAUUAAACAGCAUUUUUAAUCUAAAGAACAACGACUCCGUUCCUUUGUACACAACACGAAAAUCAAUUGACGAAUCUUCUUGAGUUUACCUGAUUUACGUUUAGUGGUCUGGAGACCACUGAGCCUCGACUUGACUUUUGUAAUAUCGCAGGAGCUGUGUCCAUCGUAGUGUCUCGAAAAAGGAUAAACCUGACAAACGCAUCUUUGAGGUUUAUCAAAAGUUUUUUCUCAGUAAGUAAUGAAAAAGUGGAUGGAGGAGAAGCAGUUCAGAAGAAGCAAAAGGAAGCAGAUCUUGUUGGUGAAGUAGAAAAUGAGAUGAAAAAAAUUACUUAUCAUUUUUUAUUGCAUACAUUCUGAUUUUAAUGUUUGCUUUAUUACAGAAGAUUUCCUCUAUUGUGUAUAAAGAGGGAUGCUUCAUCUCAGCUUCAAAUAAACUGCCAUUUUCAUUUCCUUAACUUUCCAACUGUUUCUUCUCUUUUGCAUAUUAGAAAGAUACUGGUACAUUGGCCCUUUCUUGAAAUAUCUGGCCCCCAAAAAUGGGUUGUGGGGGCCACUUUGGCCCUCAAGCAGAAAUUUUUGGCUGGAACACUGUGAUAAUGAUAAUGAUGACAAAAAUAAUAUUAUACACUUAGUACCAGAUCCUGAGGGAAACAUCAGGACUUGAGGGAGUACAAAACUAACCGGUUUCCCAAGGGACCUGACAUUAAGUUUUUUGUUAUGUUUCUAGACUUUCCCUUUAACAGCAACAAAAGAAUAACCGGAGCGAACCAAAACAGUCGACUUGGUACUUAUAACAACACAAAUUCGAUUCUUUAAACCACUGAAUGAAUGAUUUACAAAGUACUUUCCUUGUAUUAUUUGCAUCUUUUUCCUCCACUAGCUGCUGUUUCUCUUCUGGGAUGACUUUGAAAAUCAUAGCUUUUUAGCUUCAGGCUUCCUGUUUGUGUUCAAGUUGUUGUGUUUAUUCACGUAAAAGAAAACUGGCAGUGUUUUUCCCGCCUUCUUUCACACCACUUUCCACCAUGCUUUGAUCACGAGCUGUAAUGUAUCAUGAUCGGGAUACAUUUCAUUUUUGUCAAGGCCACAAGACCAAGAAUCAACCAAUGGCAGUCCCUGUUAAGUAGAGUGAAAGUCUAGGAAUAUAACAACUUUAUUAAUUUACUUUACAGUAGAAUAGUGACAAACCUGUGACCGUUCCAUGAUUUCCUAGUUGCCCAAAAGCAAAAGUAAGGUGCCAGGGGCUACUGCUAGAGCACAGCAGCCCUUGUCUGAUCUUCUGAUCCUCUGCCAAAAAUGUACAUGUGAGAAAAUUACAAUAUAUAAUUAUCUGCAGAAUUAAGUGCUUACAUUUUGUCACUGCACCCUUCGUAAAAUUGCAAAGGUAGACCAUUUACAUGUAUAAAUGCAUAAUUUUUUAUAGGGCAAGGAUUUUGGGAAGUGCUACAGCGGAUGAAAGCAAUGACCUAGAGUAAGUUCCUUGAUUCCAUUCCUUGAUAUCAUCAUUAGUUGAAUUACAGGUAUAAGUAAAUAAAUCGAUAUCAUUCUUUAGGUGCAGUUACACAAGACCAUCUUCCCUAGCUCCCCUUGGGGAAAUAGAGACAAGAAUAUGUCACAUCACAUUACUGUGGUAGCAUCAUCACUGGAUCUGAACAAUAGGCUGAUUAAGCAACAGAAAGGGAAAGUCAGUUGACACCUGCGUGCGCAAACCAAACAACUGGCUUAACCAAUGGCAGAGCGGCAAAUUGGACACCGGAAGUCGCGUUCAGUCCUUUCCGCGCGCGUUCGCCUCGUCAACUGACGUUCCCGUUUGGUUGCUAAAUCAGCCUAAUCUUUCUUGACAGAGACGGUCAUUUGCAAAGUCAAACGAUAGAGGAAAAGUUGGGCUCCAUUUUGUUCCUAAGUGCAAUCAUGCACACGAAAGUCAUACAAAUCAUUAUAUAUAUAUAUAUAUAUAUAUAUAUAUAUACACCCGUUUUCAAAAAGGUUUUCAUACAGAGAGAUAUAUAGAUAGAUAUAUACUUUUGUUCUCUUGCACGUUCGCCCGUGUGUAUUUUUCACUUGUUAUUGUCCAACUUGUGAAGAACUCGGUUCAACGAUCAAUUUUUCGUCGUCGGGUUUUUUUGUUCCAAUUUGACAUGUCGUUUUGAGUUUUUUUUUUUUUAGAAAAAUACAUGCGCCCUGCGAUACAAAUUUGCAAUGGCGAAUUAUAUGGCUGAUUUUGGGAAUGAGGAAAACAUCCCGCGAAGCAGCCGAUCCGCGAGUAAUACGGCGUCACGGAAUUGGUAGCCCAAAUGCCAUGGCAUCUGUAGCAAGUGACAAAGCAUUUUUAUUGAUAGAGUGUAUUAAAAAAUGCGCUGUCCAGGGGCGUGCUUAAGAGGAACUGUAGACUAACUUGAAAGCAUUUGUGGCCGAGAGUUUAUUCUGUCUUCAAUGACACGUUGCCUUACAGGUCGUGAUUUUACACGAAAAAAGGUGAGACAUUAAAAUACCUGACCAGCUCAUCAUGGUUAUGAUAAAGUCUGCUUCUAUGAACCUCGUCAUCAUCUUAGUCCGUUUUAAUCAACUGCUAUAAUAUUGUUGCUCCUUCCCACAUAUCCAAUAUGGACAUCCACCGUCACAUCUUCCUUCUCAGCGGUUUCGAAAACACACUUUUUUCAUUUCAUCUGCGUUGUUUUAAAAAUGAAAAUCUUUGAUGUUUUUCCCCUUAUCCUGUAACGACAACAAUUAUAUGAUCUACAAGAGACCGAAUUCCUCAUUCUUUAAUUUUCAAGAGAAUGCAAAUCAAGAGAAUUGCAGACAGUGCUCGUGCAUUAUUUUUUUAACUGACAAAUUGGAACAAAGAUUCUGACGAAAAGAAAAUUUAUCGUUUAACCAAGUUUUUUCACAAGUUGGACAAUAACAAGUGUAAAUUUACACGGGCGCACGUGCAAGAAAACAAAAGUAUAUAUAUCUAUCUAUAUAUCUCUCUAUAUGAAAACCUUUUUGAAAACGGGUGUAUAUAUAUAUAUAUAUAUAUAUAUAUAUAUAUAUAGACCAGUAGGUGAACUACUCAAAUCCUGAGUGCAUGGGUGUUUAAGACAAGCCUGUUUCGUAGGCCACCGAAAAGGUGACCCACUCUUCAGUUAAACUCCAUUAUAACACUGACUACAUCCAGAAGAGUGAUCGCGUGAUAAAAACGGUUACAUAUAACGUUUGAAAUUUAAAUUUUAGAAAUAUAUAUAUAUAUAUAUUUAGUAUAUACACACUCAGUGAUCUUGGUGAAUUAAGCAAUCUGAUUGGUUCGCUAUCUCGGACUAUUCAACAAUAUUCACCUCCUAGCGAGUGGAUAAUGUGUGAGCUCGGUGUUUUUCCCAUUUUUUUUAGAGAAAGAUCUUUUAAAAGUCGACAAAAUCCUAGGGUUGACUUUUUAUAAGACAAGAAAAGACUUGAAAGGAUUCAAAACGGCGUUUCCCACUUACUGUAGCUGAGUUUUGUUUGAUGGAUUGUUUACAACUCCCGUUCAUUCGCGUAGAAGAAACUCAGCAUUCCUAACAAGAAAAUUUGGCCCAAAAAUCGAAGUUUAUUUCGGACAAACAAAUUUGAAAGCAAAUGUUUGCAGAAAUUCUACAUUUCAAUUAAAUGGGAGAAAGAAUGCUACGUGAAGACGACGUCUUACCUCGAGGAACCGAAUUGCCAUUUUUGUCAGCACUUCAUGCGAAGAACGACACAACAAACCUUUUCGGCUAUAAACUUGGCGAGUCAACAGAAAACAACAAAGCUUUUCUUUUCUUCUCAGUUAAGGAAACAAUUCAAACUUUUAGCGGUUCCAUUUAAGUCAUUACGCUGUUGUUUGCGAAGUGAUAAGCUUGUGAAUUGCCAUGUUUGAAAACUCUACAAAGAUCUAUUUUUAAACUUUCGCGUGUCUAGCUGACCUGAUCUGUCAAUCAAAUCGUACUUUUUAAUAGUUUCCUCUCUGUUUUUGUUGAGAUUCCUUCGUGUGUAUAUACUAAAACAAUUAUUCUUUUCAAUCUCGAUGAAUAGUGGCUUUAGGAAUAUUUACCUCGCCACUUGGUGGCUCGGUAAAUAUUUAGCCACUAUUCACCUCGAUUUCAAGGAAUAAUUGUUAAAUAUAUAUUGGUUUGUUGAGAUCUAGAAAUUUUCCUACCAUGGCAAAGCAGCAAAAAUGACUUCUCUCUUUUGCUUAUGGCGCGUUUUCAGGGUCAAAAAUAAGUGUGUAGUUACCACACAAACUGAGUUGCCAGAUAAAUGAUUGUCUUAGAUGAUGAUUGUUGGUUUGUGGCCUGUUUUGACGUGCUGUCUUGCGAUGGAAUCCUUUCAUCCCGUCAUGACUUUCAAAUCCACACUUCUUACUCGAGUUGAUUUGAGAAUGGUUUACGUGCAUGCAUAAUUACUUUAAUUUGAAAUCUUUUUGCAUGCUUUCUAUGGAACCAAAUAAAGCAAUUUCUUAAAUACGAUUUUUUAAACUCACCCGCUUUACUUUUGAAAUCACUUUUUUGCAUGCUUACUUGCGAAGGAUUAUUCGAUGAUCAAUUUCGUAAAUACGUUUUUUUUUUUAACCAUCAUUACUUUUGAAAUCUGUUUGCAUUCUUACUUAAGAAUUACGUAGCAGUAGGAUUAUCUUAUGUUAAAAACAUAUGAAACAAUUUCUUAAAUACAAUUUUUUUCAAAUCGUCAUUACUUUUGAAAUGCGUCUGCACGCUUACUUGCAAAAUACGUGACAGGAGGAUUAUUUGAUAAAAGAAACGAAGGAUCCUUUUUUACAUGGGGAUUUCGACUCCAUGGAUAUGUUUACCCGCGUCACUGUCGAAAACGCGCUAUUGUGCUUCACUGCACCCAACACGAAACGCGACUCAGUGACUCCCAAAAUGACUUUUGAAUUCGCUUUCGCUGCACAACAGAAUGACUUGCGAACUUUCAACCAGGCGUUUCUACUCAGAAAGGCCCGAAAAGAGUCUGGAAACUCCUCCCCAGUGUCUCCGGGUCAUCGAUCAAAAAUGGACGCUCGUCGUUGAGUUGAUCGACCUUGAUCGUUUUUCUAAGAAAUGAGCUUGACACCUGAGCAAUCGCAUUUCUUGCAAAACCUUCGUCUACACCUAAUAGAUCUUUCGAGAAGAUUGGAACAGGAUGUUAAUGAAACUGUUGCUGACUAUGAGUUGUUUCGGUUGCAACUAACUUCGAAUCAGGCGUUAUACAUGUAGUCGUACAUGAAUUAUUUAACGAGAAACACAUGCGAGGGGUGCAUGGUCUCAUCAUUGUGCCAUUUUAUGAUAUUCUGACUGUACAAACUUGCGAGUACGUAGCUCAGUUUUGCGAAUGGAUCCCAAUUUAUUGAGGGAAUGUGCCCAGCGUCUACAGGGGCGGAUCUAGGGGGAGGGUGCCGGCGGUGCACAUUCCCCCUGAGAUGACCUGCGGUUUUCUAAUACAACUGGUAUUCUGCAAAAAAAAAAAAAUAAAAUAAUUGUGUGGUUUAUUGGUGUUGAAGUAGAGCAAGAGACGAGUGCACCCCCUCCUAAAAAAAAUCCUGGAUCCGCCCCUGGUCUAAUUGAAACAGCCGAUUUUAUCCCGGGUUCAGGAGUUAAUGGCGGAUCCGUUGCAUCAUCAAGCGCACCAUCGAGCACAUCCAACACACGUCCGCGAACUGAAGACAACACCUCCACAUCGAGCGGGUCUUGUGGUUCACAUUGUGCCGUUCCUAAUACCGCUCCCUCUGUUUCAAAACUGGGCCUUAACAGGUAAAAAAUGACCCUGAAGUAAAUGACAAGUAUAUGUUGCGAUUCAGUUUUAUCCUUCAUUUAAAUUUUAUUUCCCACUGUUUUCAAUGUUAUUAUAAUACAUUAUGAUACUCAAGUACUAAUUAUCAGGAGAAAAUGUUUCAAUCACAACAUAUUCAUGUACUUCAAGAAAAUUGCAGGGAAUUGAUAUAUAAGAAAAACCUUGUUUCUGUUAAAAGUUAAGAUUCAAUACUAAAAAAGUUAGCAUGUGUAACAGGGGUUAUUGAGCUAAGCAAGCCGCUUUUUUGCAGCAUGCUGAUGGUGAGAAGUCGAUGUGAAGUGCAAGGCCUUCAUGUGAACCACAACCUCAGUAGCACGUGUUAAGCAGGCUAACUAAAGGAAGCGAUCAUUGUUUUUAUAACUUCCUUUUUAACAAGGAGAUUAUGUGUUUUGUGGGAGUAGAGAUAUGAAGGCAAUGGUAUCUUUCUGUUAAAGGUGCCUUUUAUCAUUUUGUUAUAUGAUUCCAGUGGGAAUUGAAGUUUGCAGCCAGUACGUACAGUAACAUUUUAUUAGUCCCAUUACCAGCCUGUAAAGCAAUAAAGAACGAACCAACCCUACCAAGGACUUUUGAGUUUGGACCUCUUGCUUGUUACUUAAAAGCCUCCCUGGUUCUAAUUUGACCCAGAGUUAAGCUGCUGACACGUGGUUUAAUAAGAAACAGUGAGUUUUGUUUCCCUGAGACCUUCAACACCGGCCAAUCAUUAAGUGUUUUGUCAUAACCCCCAACUGAAAAUAUAAUAAUCUACAAAUGGGUAUGAUGUGUAUGAGAUCAAAAAUAGAUAAUACAGAGCUGCAACAAUAAUUCAUCAAAGUGUAUGAAGUGGGAGAAAAUGUAAAAAUUGAUUGAAUAGCCCUUAUACAUUUCUAGAAACUUCACAAUUUAAAAAAGUAACUGACACAAUAGUUGGUGAUUUAAGCAAUCUGAUUGGUUCGCUAUCUCGGACUAUUCAACAAUAUUCACCUCCUAGCGAGUGGAUAAUGUGUGAGCUCGGUUUUUUCCCCAUUUUCUUAGAGAAAGAUCUUUUAAAAGUCGACAAAAUCCUAGGGUUGACUUUUUUUCAGGCAAGAAGACUUCGAAGGAUUCAAAACGGCGUUUUUCCAUUUACUGUUGUUGAGUUUUGUGGUCGAUGGAUUGUUUACAACUCCCGUUUAUUCGCCUCGAAGAGGCCUUUUCGUGAACUAAGCGUUUUCCAACAAGAAAAAUUUGGCCCAAAAACGAAGUUCACUUAUGACAAACAAAUUUGAAAGCAAAUGUUUGCAGAAAUUCUACGUUUCAGGUAAACACGAGAAAGAAUGCUACAUGAAGACGACGUCUUACCUCGAGGAACCGAAUCGCCGUUUUUGUCAGCACUUCAUGCGAAGAACGACACAACAAACCUUUUCGGCUAUAAACUUGGCAAGUCAACAGAAAACAACAAAGCUCUACUUUUCUUCUCAGGAAAGGAAACAAUUCAAACUUUAGCGGUUCCAUUUAAGUCAUUACGCUGUUGUUUGCGAAAUGAUAAGCUUGUGAAUUGCCAUGUUUGAAAAUUCUACAAAGAUCUAUUUUUAAACUGUCGCGUGUCUAGCUGACCUGAUCUGUCAAUCAAAUCGUACUUUUGAAUGGUUUCCUCUCUGAUUUUGUUGAGAUCACUUAUAUAUAUACUAAAACAAUUAUUCUUUUCAAUCUCGGUGAAUAGUGGCUUUAGGAAUAUUUACCUCGCCACUUCGUGGCUCGGUAAAUAUUUUGCCACUAUUCACCUCGAUUUCAAAGUAUAAUUGUUAAUUAUUAAAAAAUAAUAAUAUUUAAAGUAACAUUAUGUAGUAUUUUUAUUAAUUACUUUAAUUAAUUAAGAACACGGGGUUGCAGUCAGGAAAAAAUUCACGCACAGCCAAAAAGCUGAAAAAAAAUUCUUGCUGGCCAAGAAUUUUCCACCUACACCCCAUCACUUUUCCAAUAGUCUGUCCCUUAGUUGUCAAAUACACAUGGUGGAAAGGGCGGAUUUAGGGGUGGGCCCAAAAUAAGGCUAAUGACACCAUGUGGAGAGGUCUAUACUGGCGGGUGCAUAGUGCAUGCAAUAUAAACAUUAUUAUUAUAUAAAAGUAAAGAAGGUCAUCGCAGUUACUUACGCAACUUAAGCAAAUGCGAAAAAAGCCUAAAAUAUUAUAAUAUAAUCUCGUUUUAAAUUAGUUUGAAAUAAAAUCGAUCAUUACCUGAUUAACUUGUGGUUAACGUCUAUGUGCCAUAAUAAAGGAUUAAAUUAACUGCAAAAACCGUGGACGAAGAUCCUGCUAGUUGUAAACGUUGGAUCUCUAGAAAAGAGAUCUAAUCAGCCAAAAUAUAAAGAACCAAGAACGAGAAGUCCAAAGACUACCACAAAGCUGAUUUAAAACAACGUGUAUUGCUUUUUAUAACAAUAUUUCGGCAGGCCAUACCAGUCUUCUUCAGGUUUACAGAUGUUAACAUCCUCUUCCAAUCUAUUAGAUCAGAUCUAUUAGGUGUAGACGAAGGUUUGCAAGAAAUGCGAUUGCUCAGGUGUCAAGUUCAUUUCUCAGAAAAACAAUCAAGGACGACGAGCGGCCAUUUUUGAUCGAUGACCUGGAGACACUGGGGAGGAGUUUCCAGACUCUUUUCGGGCCUUUCUGGGUAGAAACGCCUGGUUGAAAGUUCGCAAGUCAUUCUGUUGUGCAGCGAAAGCGAAUUCAAAAGUCAUUUUGGGAGUCACUGAGUCGCGUUUCGUGUUGGGUGCAGUGAAGCACAAUUAAUAGCGCGUUUUCGACAGUGACGCGGGUAAACAUAUCCAUGGAGUCGAAAUCCCCAUGUAAGAAAGGAUCCUUCUUUUCUUUUAUCAAAUAAUCCUCCCGUUACGUAUUUUGCAAGUAAGCAUGCAAACGCAUUUCAAAAGUAAUGACGAUUUGAAAAAAAUUGUAUUUAAGAAAUUGUUUCAUAUGUUUUUAACAUAAGAUAAUCCUACUGCUACGUAAUUCUUAAGUAAGAAUGCAAACAGAUUUCAAAAGUAUUGAUGGUUAAAAAAAAACACGUAUUUACGAAAUUGAUCAUCGAAUAAUCCUUCACAAGUAAGCAUGCAAAAAAGUGAUUUCAAAAGUAAAGCGGGUGAGUUUAAAAAAUCGUAUUUAAGAAAUUGCUUUAUUUGGUUCCAUAGAAAGCAUGCAAAAAGAUUUCAAAUUGAAGUAAUUAUGCAUGCACGUAAACCAUUCUCAAAAUCAACUCGAGUAAGAAGUGUGGAUUUGAAAGUCAUGACAGGACGAAAGGAUUCCAUCGCAAGACAGCACGUCAAAACAGGCCACAAACCAACAAUCAUCAUCUAAGACAAUCAUUUAUUUGGCAACUCAGUUUGUUUGGUAACUACACACUCAUUUUUGACCCUGAAAACACGCCAUAUUUGCUAGGGUUGUUUACAUCACAGUCCUGCACUGAAGCCAAAAAGUGAAGCAAAAGUUGAUGUCUACAUUAUUGUACAUGUACACUGAAUAUUUUUACUCAAAAACGAGUGUUUGUUAUUCUUAGAGAAAGGGAUCAAAAUUGCAAAUGACUGCAUUCAGAAUGAUUUUGUGAUGGUACAUGACAAGUCGUACCUUCUAAUGUUUUGCAUGUAAACAAAGUUAUGUUUUCACCAUUUUACUCUAUUUACUGCAGGAAAAAUGAAACUCCAAAAGUCAUACAUGUUGAACAGAAACUUCCUGACAAUGUUAUCCGACUUCCAAGGUAAGAGCUAAACAGUUUCAUCUGCACUUCAUCCAUUGCUAUAACUAAUUACUGAAACAAAUGCAACGUACAGUUAUCAUGUCACAAGCAAUGGAAGUCCAAGACCGGGUUCUAAGAUGCAACUUACUACCUAAUAUAGGGACAGGUCUGGUACUUUCACCACGAAGCUGGGAUGUUUUGGCAAGCUAAUUUCAAGAGGUCAUUAUUCUGCUCAAUAGCAUUCGAUUUUCCCAUCAGCAGAAGAAGCUGUAUGGAUAGAUUAAGUAAUUUCAAGGUUGAGGUAGCUAGUUAACUUGAGUGAUCCGUGCUUUUUUGGCUAAGUACAUUAUAAUGCGAGCAAUAUUAUUUUGAGAAAGUAUCAGCCAUCAACAACUUGGCAUCCUGGAUAUCCAGAAAAGACAAGCAGUAACACACUUUGGUUAAAUUUCCAUAUUUUCGAACGGAAUUUCUCCAAAAGUAUCAGGUUUAUCGGGCUCCAAGAUAGUAUAUUUUAACAAAUAGAUUCCAGGUUACCGUGCGUCUGUUCUGUAAUAGAUCACAGAUGACGUCAAAACGAUUGUGGUAAAAACAAAGAAGUCGCACACGAGCCGCAGGCUAGUGUGUCACCGAUGUUUUUACCACAUGUUGAUGUCUUCUGGGAUCUAUUACUGAACAGACCCACAGCAACAUGGAAUCUAUUUGUUUUAUACAAUGAUCAGGAAAGUAUUAAGACCGAUACACAUACCUGCAUCGUACUGCUUGACUGUUCGAAGAUUUGUGCUAGUUUAGUCCCAAGCGCUAUUUUACGUCUCGGCCUCUUUUCUUCUAUAUCUUAUUUUUAUACCGUUUCUUCUUUUUCAUCGUCCUCACUUGCUCAAAGCAUAAUGAUGGCGAAAACAUUUUUGCAAAACAGCGAGUCUCUCUAGCGAUGACACACGAUGGCAACUGUUGUGAAGUUUUUUUGCAGUUUAGACAUUCUGAAGUCGUCAACAACUUUUUUUGUCUUUGUUUAUCCAUUUUUCUUCUUUGCUAAUAGCUCUUGCUAAAUUUCAAGGUUUAGGCGACUUUCACUUGCGUAAUCCGAAAUUAUCUUACAAACAUUUUCAAAACCGCGCGCCAAGUUUUCCGUGACGUCAUCCAUGUAUCUGUACUCUGAUAGAUCAUGGGCAACGACCAUUCGCUGCGCGCGUAGCAUUCACGUCAUAACAUUGUAAUAUAUGGAAAUGGUCAGGGCUAAAAGCGAAGUUCUCUUCAAUAUCUUAUAGCUUACUCAAACAUAAUAACAAUCGAGUAAAGGUGAUGUUACACGGGACGAUUCGCAGAAACGACUGUUAGCGCAACACACCGUUGCAACAUUGUUUUAAAUGGUUACAACGUUGUUUCAACAUUGCAACGCUGUGUUGCACUAAAAAUCGUCCUGUGUAACAUCACCUUAAUGCUAAGCGGCGACGGCAACAAAAACAGUUCCCCAAAAAAUAAGUGGGUCUUAUUAGAAAAAAAAAGUUUGCACGUGCAGCACACUUUUUUUUUCUUUUUUUGUACAUUUCUUUUCCCUUGUUUUGCACGACUACAACAAAAAACUUCAUAGUUAGACGUUUUAUGGUGGAGAUGUUGAAUGUGUUCCUCUUCACGUUUUUUUUUUUUUUUUUUUAAUCGCUGCCGUUAAUUUUUUUCCCCCGUGGUGGCCGCUACCAUUUUUUCUUUUUUCAAAAAAUUUUUGUGUUUUUUUUCCAACGAAAUUGGUUUUCUUCGUUCUUAAUCGCUCCCGCUCUAGCUCUUUCUCUGUUAUCCACGUCAACGUAGACAUAAAAAUUAUGUCCAAAGAAAGAAGUAGCUUUGUAACACUAGAAAAACUCCAUUGGCUACCUCUAGGUACACUUCCACUACCUUGAUAAUAUUUUGCCAAGACAAACGCAAGCUUCCUGUCUUGGAUUCUCCGUCACCCUGGCAGACUCUAGUUAGUACCACCCCCAAGUCUACUUAGUACCACCCCUAGCGAACGUACGUAGGUGCGGGCAUAGGCUGACGUCAUAACCAAAUUUUCUCGGAUGGAUAGUUGACCAAAUUUUCUUAGCUAGGGGCUACGCUCGCACGCGCUCUGCGAGGAGCUCCGCUAUAAUAUCUUAUCCCAGUAUUUAUAGUUGCUGUUUUUAAUUGAUCCGAUAGUCAACAGCGUACAUAUACGCCGAUCAGGAAAAUUCAGUGUGGACAACGCAUAGACCUAUUCGGCUAACUCAAUGUUGUACCCAAUUCAAACCCUUUGGGAAUAAAACGUUUUGUUUCAGGAAUUUCCAUAUCAUUUAAAUGUGAAUGCGACAUUAUAAUGCAAAUGUAAUACACAAAGAAUCUUAUCCCCGGGAGAUUUGAAUUGGGUACAACAUUGAGUUAGCCGAAUAGGUCUAUCCACACCUUUUAGCUGAGGAAGUAACCUACAUUGAAUCUUUUUGUUUNUUUUUUUUUUUUUUUUUUAAUCGCUGCCGUUAAUUUUGUUCCACCGUGGUGGCCGCUACCAUUUCUUCUUUUGUCAAAAAAUUUGUGUGUUGUUCUUCCAACGAAAUUGGUUUUCUUCGUUCUUAAUCGCUCCCGCUCUAGCUCUUUCUCUGUUAUCCACGUCAACGUAGACAUAAAAAUUAUGUCCAAAGAAAGAAGUAGCUUUGUAACACUAGAAAAACUCCAUUGGCUACCUCUAGGUACACUUCCACUACCUUGAUAAUAUUUUGCCAAGACAAACGCAAGCUUCCUGUCUUGGAUUCUCCGUCACCCUGGCAGACUCUAGUUAGUACCACCCCCAAGUCUACUUAGUACCACCCCUAGCGAACGUACGUAGGUGCGGGCAUAGGCUGACGUCAUAACCAAAUUUUCUCGGAUGGAUAGUUGACCAAAUUUUCUUAGCUAGGGGCUACGCUCGCACGCGCUCUGCGAGGAGCUCCGCUAUAAUAUCUUAUCCCAGUAUUUAUAGUUGCUGUUUUUAAUUGAUCCGAUAGUCAACAGCGUACAUAUACGCCGAUCAGGAAAAUUCAGUGUGGACAACGCAUAGACCUAUUCGGCUAACUCAAUGUUGUACCCAAUUCAAACCCUUUGGGAAUAAAACGUUUUGUUUCAGGAAUUUCCAUAUCAUUUAAAUGUGAAUGCGACAUUAUAAUGCAAAUGUAAUACACAAAGAAUCUUAUCCCCGGGAGAUUUGAAUUGGGUACAACAUUGAGUUAGCCGAAUAGGUCUAUCCACACCUUUUAGCUGAGGAAGUAACCUACAUUGAAUCUUUUUGUUUCUCAUGUUUCUAAAGCGUGGUUUUGAUAUUUUUUCCCUUUUAGAGGUCCAAAUGAAGACGGUUCGAAAGGCUUUGUGUUCAGAAGAUGA